AUGAUAUUGAGGCAAUCACUCAAUCUCAAUAGUUACUGCCUUUUAUCGAAACGCAGAUCAUUAAAAACUCAAACUAUACAGAGGAAGUUCUCCAAACAGCAAUUAAUUCACACAAGCCACAUAGACACAAAAGUUGUUGAUCGAAACGCAGCCAGAUUUGGUAAGACGGAGUCUAUCAGUAUUGCAGUUUCACCUACUGAAUACAAGUGGUGGAUUAGACUCAAACCUUUGGUCAUUUUCUUGGUAAUACAAUCCAUACCUCUCUCCUUGGGCGCUUAUGUCUAUAAGCGUCUUCUUGAUUCCAAAAUAGAUAUACUAAACACGAUAUUGGACGAUCCUAAAGAUAUUUUUAAUCACUGCUUGAAGGUAAUUAGAAGUGCAUCCGCGUGUUUUCUAAUAACUGGCAGCACAAAUUCACUAGCUGUACAACUGGUUGACACUCUGAAUCCACAGGAAGAUAUAUCAUUGGACACUCUACUUAGUGAUAUUAAAAACAAUACUGAUAGCACCAAAAACGCCGGAGAUAUCACAAUCAUUUUCCCCAUACCAUCACAUUCUCCAUUAAUUGACAAAUUUAACAGCCAAAUAACACUCGUUUAUUACAGCACAAACAAAUCAUCAAUAGUUUAUCUUACUGGAGUGGUUGAAAAAGUUGAUAAAACAGGGUACUGGAAAAAUUCAUGGUAUAGUAAUAUAGAUCCACCCUAUUUUGAUUUGUACCAGUUUACACCUAUUAGUUUAACCACGUCUUUGUUUGGCUGCGGGCAAAGGGAUUGGCAACAGUACUCCAUUGGCAAGAUUGGUGGUAAAUGGGCCAAAGUUUAA